AAGCUUUGAGCCCUGUGUGACUUCUUGUUUUUUAAAGCUGGCUUGUCAGAAGAUGCUUUUGUUCAGAAGAUCCUGCAGGUCCCUUCUGUACUGUUCAGUGCUGUACCUGCUGACUUGAAGCAUUUCAGUAUGAGUUCCCAACUGCACCUCUCAUUCAGUGCAGCUGGUUACUAGUGCUGCAAUGAAACUAAAUUGCCUCGGUUUUGCUGCUGCUUGAGACCCUGUCUCUUCCUGGCUUUUCAGUAGAGCUGUGUGUUCCCAUUCUGUUGACACUUCCCCUUCUUUAAUAAGGUAUUGGAGGAGUAGGUGAGAAGUACUUUUUUUUUUCCUUUAAGGCAAGCGUUGUAGUACAGUUUCUCUAAAUAUCUGUUAAAACGUUCUACCCUUUCUCUCCUCAAGCUUAAACCUUCCUAGUCCCCUGAACCAGCUGUAUGCUGUUACUACAGUGUGUGUUACCAGUACUGCUACUCCGUGUUCGGUCUUAGAGAAUGGAUCCAGCUGACAUGGGUAACAAUAACCAGCAAUGCUCCCAUAGGAACUCCAGUUACUAACAACAGGAACAUCGACAGCACAGACGAGGGAAGGUGAUCUCCAAGCACAUACUGCAUAGCUGGAGGAAAAGGAUAUGUCUUCUCCUAGAAGCACUUUUAGCACUGCUAACUUUCUUGAAGUUUUCAAAUUUUCUUGAGGAAAACAGUAGAAAUUUUACAAAGAUGAAGGAAGUGCAAGAUGAAAGAACAAGUGCAGAAUUUCAAAGCCCGGUUUUGAAGUGAAGUCGGUGUAGUCAGGUGUUACUGGGCAGCUGUUGCAUUGAGGAUACUUUAUGUAUUUGUUUUAGGAUUGUGAAUGAAGUAGAGAAGUUUGCUACAUCGAAGACCUAAGCCAUCUCAGUGUAGCUCCUUACCGUUAAUUCAGUGAGUUCACAGGCUCUGCUGCAUUUGUUGUGUUGGUGCGUGCUGUGUUCGCAGAGGCAGAAGCUACCUUUCUUGUGAGUACAGUGCCUUGGUCAGUCAGGCGUGCGACCUGGCCGCGGUGCGCUGUGGCCCGUCCGCAUUCCCGGGAGCGCUCCCUGGGAAGUGGGGCAGCCCUGGGCAGCGCGGUGUUCAAACUGCUCCUCCCGACACCCCCCGCGACGGGCCUGCCCCGCUGCUCAUUGGCUCUAUCGCGGCGCUGCCCGCUUCCUAUUGGCGGGGCUGCCGCGGUGCCCCGCCUCCAGCCGCCGGUGGCGCGGCGGGCGCGGGCGGCUUCGCAGUGGGCGCUGCGGCGGGCGCGGCCUCCGCCCGCCAUGGCGCUGCUGCUGCUGCAGCUCCUCCGUCGGCUGCUGCGCUACCUCGGCUGGCCGCAGCACCAGGCCGCGUUUUUUGAAACUCACGUGUUUGGCAGCAGUAUCAGUCGCACUCUCGGAACAUGCCUUCCUUCAGCAGUCUCAUCAGGAGGGCAUUUGCAGCAGUUAUAUGCUGUCAUAAGGAAGUAUCAGGCCAAGGUCACAUCUGUUUCCCAAAAAAAGGAGUAUGGAUCUACUCGAAGUGUUGUCCGUAGACUUGGGACAAUUCUUUCCUUGGAGCCCUACCCCAGACCUUAUUUUCAAUUUGUUCAAGACCCAAGUCCAAUGGGUUAUGAUGAACAAAGUGCAGCUCCAGCUCCUGUGGCUCCAUCACUUGCUGAUGUCCUGUGGGUGGCAAAUGAUGAAGGACAAGCAUGUACUAGACUUAGGACUGAAUUGAGGAGAAAAGAGAAAAGUACGGGUCCUCCUGAUCCAUAUCUACAUCUGGAUUCAAUACAGCGCAUUCCAAAAAACAGUGCACAAAAAGUCGGUGUUGAUCAAGCAGCAUUCCAGAAAAUUUCUGCCCUUGAAGAUGAGCUGACCUUUCUUCGCGCUCAGAUUGCUGCAAUUGUUUCAGUGCAGACCUUGGGAAGCAUUCCCUCACAAGCCUUUAAAACACUCAGCACUGCAGAUGGAUUUUACCCACUGCCAGCCAUGACUUCUACGCCAUUGUCCGUCUCUCGAAAUCACUUUGUAAUUCCCUCGCCUCCUCCACUUCCUUCUGGUGCACCAUCUGCUGUUGAUGCUAGUAAUUCUGCACUGGAACUUAUCAAACAACGCCGAGCUGCAAGAAACAGUGAUUCGGCUGCAGCUAACAGUACUGAUCACCAGAGGACAAAGAACUUCCCCUGUAUGAUGGAUGUUUUGAAAGACCUAAACAAAGUUCAGUUGCGAGCUGUUGAGAGGUCUCCUGGAGGUACUCCUCUUUCUCGGCCCAAAAAGAUGCAAAGUUCAGAUUGGGAUCCGGUUGCUGUACUAACUCACGCUCUAAAGCAGAAAUUUGCACGUAAAAAUUAUGAUGAAGAUGAUUCCUUGGACAAAGAAAAUAAUUCUUUUGAUAGCUCUCCAUUUUCUAGUCCUGAGAUGCCAGUGGUUGGGCGCUGCAGUCUGAAGCCAAAUGCAAAACCCAGCCUUACAAGAACUGAUGGAGUUAAGCAGGUACCAGCAUGGAAAGCAAGAGCUCAGAUAUAGUGGAGGCUUCCAAGGAAUGUUCAGUGUGUAUAAGUGGUGGGUCUACUUUGAAACUGCUGUGAGGUGCUGUAAUGUGUUGUUCCAGAUCAUGUCUUUCCUAUGCUGUUGAAGUUUGGGUGUAGCAGAGUUUGUAAAAUUACCUCUUCAUUCUCUUUGGUUUCUCAGUAGCCCAACUUGUGGAUGUGAUGCUUUUACAAGAAGCACAAAACUGAGAGAAGGUUUCUAUUGCUAUGUAGCAGUGCCUUUGGAACCUGGGGCAUCCAAGAAAGCAGUGUGUGUGGGGGGAAAACAAAGAUUUAUUGCUGUGGGAGCUGAGGUAUAUGCUCUGUUUGCACUCCAGUGUAAAUAACAAGGAAGUGUAAACUUUUUGUGUGUUAUAACUACUGUAUAUAAUGGUAAUACUUUUUCAUGAGAGUGGGAUAGUUGCCUUGGUUUUCUUUGGAGUUUACUGAUGCAACUCCUUAUUCCAUGUGCAAACAGUUUUCUAAUUUAUUUUGGGUCAGGAGAUGAACUUUCAUAUUUGUGGAACUUUGUGCUGUGAGGAAACAGCAGGUUGUCUAUUAAAUGUCUGUAAUAUGAGGGAGUUGCAGUCUGAGCUAAAAAAGACCUUGCAGAGAGAUCUGCUUGCACACAGUCUAAAUUCCAUAUGUAAUUAAAUAUUAAUUUUUAUCUUGGCAUGUGCAUGUAAACUCAGUUUUGUUCGCGAGAGCUUAUAAAAUAAAAUUCUCCUUA